AUGGCAAAACACUUUAUUCAUGAUCGCUUCCAGUCCAUCCCACCAAGCACCCUUCGUACAUAUUCCACCUCCCACUCCAACUCCAUGUUCAUCGCUCGACGAAAUGUGCGGAAACCCCUUGCGUGGCCGCUCCGAAGCGUCCAGAUACGCCAUGCAACGAAUAAAAUCACAAAUAGCCAACUCGAGGCCAGCAACGAGAUAUCAGAGAGGCUAAAGGACACAGGCAAUUGGGUCUGGGGUCGAGGGAGGACUCCGAAGAAGUCCAGUGCUUCGGGUGAUAAGAACCGCGCGAAUAUUACUAGCGAGAAACUCUGUGAUGAUAUCGCCAACUACAUCGGCCCCUCGCUCGAGCGCCAUCGUGGCUGCGAUCUCGUCGAUAUUAACCCCGGCGUGGGCCUCUGGAGCAAAACACUCCACGAAUUAGUCCAGCCCCGACAACACAUCCUCAUGGAACCCGACAUCGAGCUCUACAAACCCUUCCUCGGAGACUUCAUCAACAAACCCAAUGUCAAAGUCAUUCCCAAACCCGGCAUUCUCUGGAAAGACCUCAACGCCAUGCUCGAAUCUCUCCCCAACCAAACCAUACGUGACCCCGCCGCUGAACCCGAGCGCAACGACACUCUCCUCGUCAACGUCAACCUCGCCUAUUUCCCGCCAAAGAAGUACCAAAUGUUCGAGUGCGUCAGCACCAUGGUUCUCUACCAGCUCAUGUCCAGCAUCCACACUGCCUCUCUCUUCCAGCAAUACGGUCUCGUGCGCAUGCUCAUCUGGGUCUCAGACGAUGGUAAGCGCAGGCUUAUGCCCCGAAGUGCUAUUCGUCGGAAACGCAGCGCCUUCGAAGCCGAACUCGCCUGCGAAUGGAUCCACGAGAUCGCCGGCCACGACGUCGAGGUCGAAGACCGCUACGAGCUUCGUGAUGAGUGGAUCAACAUGGAAUCCGGCUAUCAAUGUCUCGAGCGUAUGGAAAAAGCUGGUCUUACAAUGCCUAAAGGUCGCGAGACGAUUGUCUACAAAAAUCUUACCGCCAAUCGAGAACACGCCGGUCAACUCCUUGCAGGCGUCUACCCCCCCAUGCACAACCGACCCUUCCGCCAAGAACUCGAAGAGCUCGAGAGUGCCUUCGCCAAAUCUGAAGACGCGAUUGCGCCAACUCGUCUCAAGUCUCUACGCUUCCGCGAUAAGUACGACGUUGGAGACUCACAGCUAUUUCUCGAACUUCUCCAGGAACGCGAGGCUAUCACAAAGCUCCACCGUGACUCCCCUGCCGAGUUCCCUGCCGCCCAGGCUGCUUUCAACGCACGACUCGAGAAUGUGAAGAAGAAUACACGCAAGGAGUGGCACAUGGUACGCGACAACUACCACCUCUUCCGGCAGAAGAAGCCCACUCUCUUUUGGGAUCGUCGCCCCUUCGAGCCCCUCGCUGCGCGCGCCGAUGAGUUCUAUCCACAGGCACCCUUCGCACUCCUCGACUUCCAACCCAAGGCAAUGAGCAAGUACGUCCGCCAGCACGGCGCAGAGUCGACGAACGGCACCAUCUCCGACACCAUGCUGCGAUACUGGUGGCAGCACAUGCUCACCCCUGUCGACAAAGCCAUGGACGGCCUGUGGCCCGGCUUCGGCGACCUUGCACCUCUCGUUUCCUCAAUCCACGAUCCAGCCAGAGGAGGAACACCGCUGUCCGGCCAUGGCGGUUUGUCCUCAAGAUGUAUAACGGAGGAGCAAUGGGCGGAAAUCAUCAAGACGUACCUUGAGUGGCCAUUUGCGCCUGCGUAUUCGACGCUUGUGGGACGUUUGAUGGACGACUAUGAUGGUUCACCAGAUGAUGAUGAAUCCAGAAGUGGAGCCAUGGGGGCUGCAUAA